ACCAACGCCAUCUUGUUGUUGUGUGUGGUGCUCUCCCGGAUAAAUUUACAGGGGAUAGGGCCUGGGCUCCCAAGAAAGAAGAAGGAAUAAAGGAUUAAUUCCUUUUCUUAUCAACUGGAAUUGGAACAGCACCCGACGCUGGGGCGUUCCAUUGAGAAAAGCAGCAGCUAAAUGAGAGCCGCUGGGCAUAAUGUCAGGUGUGUCAGCGAACCAAAGCAAGGGGGACAAGAACUCCAAGUCAAAAUACUCGGCGGUUAAGAUUAAUGAUCUGUUUAAGGGAAAGCCAGUCGAUAUCCAGCCGCGCCAACCGAUCACCAAGCAUGGCUUCCAGAGUUUGGGUAAAGUUGUGCCGACGCGCAGGAUCCCGCCUCCUCCUAACCUGCCAAGCCUGAAAUCGGAGAACUUUGGAAACGACCCUAAUAUCAACCUUGUGCCAGCCGGGGGCUCAGGAUGGGGUUCGAAGGAGCAGCCGAGUACUGGAGCGGAGUCGUCCGGCAGUGCGCCGCCCCCAGCUGCUGCUGCUGCUGCUGCUGCAGCGGCGCCGGCGCCGGCGCCAGCGGCAGCAGCGGCGCCCCCUGCAGCACCGCCCACAGCGGCGGCGGCGGUGGCCGCGCCGCCCGUCGGGCCGCCGCCGACCGCCGCCGCCGCGGUGGCUCGCGGUGUCGGGCUGCCCGGCUCCGAAAAAUCCUGGAGCAACGUGACCUCCGGGCCGCCCGACGCCGGGCCCGCGCCCUCCUACUUGGCACACCAGUCGCCCUACUUCCAGCAGGAGUUCCCCUCGCUGGCGGCCGGCGACGCGGGCGGCGAUGCGGCGGCGCAGAAGAAGCAGUCGGGGACGGCGGCGGGUGCGGGUGGGACGAGCUCGGCGAGCAGCGCGCCGGACGGCCAGCCGCCGGCCGGUCCGAGCCUGCGGCCGACCACCGAGGGCAGCUGGACGCAGGGCGGCGGCCGCCGGCCGGAGCCGGGCCCGCCCACCGGCGCCACUGCCGCGUCUGGACGGGCGGAGGGCGCCGGCUCCACCAGCUCGGCCGGCCCGCGUGCGCCUCCUGCCCCGCUGGGCCCGGCCGGCCUGCCCAUGCGGCCCAUGGGACCGCCCAUGAUGGGCAUGGGCGGCCCGAUGCCGCCGCCCUACCGCGGCAUGAUGCCGCCCUACAUGAUGCGUCCCGGCUUCCCGGGCCCCGGCCCCGGCUACCCGCCGAGCUACCCGGGCGGCCCGGCGCCGGGCGGCAUGCCGCCGCGACCUGGCAUGUACCGUGACCAGCGCGGCGAGCCGCGGCCGCCACUCACUGACCACCGACCCAUCAUCAAGGCUGAGGACCUCAAGAGCUUCGACGAGAUCGCCAACAAGCGCGACGACGGCUGGGCCGGAAACACUGCCGAAGUCGACUACAAUAAGAAGCUGACAUUCUCCGAUGACGAGAGCGAGCCGGAUGACGAGCGGCGCGGCGGCCGGGCCGGCUCCGGCUCGGCACCACCCAAGGGCGGCCGAGAGCCCCGCGACCAGCAGUGGGAGCGUGAGCGCGACCGGCCGCCACCGUCUCACACGGACGGGCCGCCGCCGCCGCGCUCUCACGGGCCGCCGCACUGGGGCGGGCCCGGAGGACCGCCGCCGUUCGACUACCGACCGCCGCCGCACCCCGGCUUCAUGCCACCACACAUGCGUAUGCGCGGCGGUAUGGGCGGCUUCAUGCCGGGCAUGCGUCCGCCGGGCCCGGGCGGCCGCGGCGCCGAGGACGAGGAGGCCUGGAAGCGCCGCCAGUCGGACGAGGUGAAUGUGGCCGUGGAGCGCGCCCGCCAGCGGCGUCAGCAGGAGGAGGCGCGCUUCGAGCGCAGCCAGGGCUCGCGCGGCCGUGACGACGAGCCCGAGGGCCGGCCGCCGCCGUCGGGCAAGGAGGACGCGCCGCCGCAGUUCUCUCGCCAGUUCCAGUCGGUGCUGCCGCCGCGCUUCAAGCGCCAGCAGUCGGGCGGCGGAGGGUACCGCGGCGGGUACGACGGACGCGAUGGACGCGGCGGCUGGUCAGGAUAUGACGAGCGACCGCCGAGCCGGGACGCGGACCGGCGCGGCGGCCGGCCCCCGCCCGACUACUACGAACGGGAGGACGGCCGCGGAGGCCGCCAGGACGAGUACCAGCGCGGCGGCCGGCGCGGCAGCGGCACCGACCACGACAGGCCGACGCAGCCAGAGGUGACCGUGCAGCGCGACCCAUUCGACGAGAGGCCUGAGAGACCGGAGCGGCCCGAGCGUAGUGAUCGCUCCGAGCGGUCCGAGCGCUCCCAGACCAGUGACGACAAGGCUGGCUCGGCUCUGACCGACUACGCCACGGAGGAGUAUGACUACGGCACCUCGUGGGCGGACCAAUUAGAGAGCGAGGUGCAGUCGCAGCGUGACGAGCCGCCGUCCAAACCGACCGAAUCUUCUAAACCUGACCAGGAGCAGACUGGCGGCGACUGGCGCCGUGAGAAGAACGAACGCCGGCCGGCCGACGCCGAGAAGAGCUGGCGCAGCAGCAAGCCGCGCGCCGACCACGAUGGCGACAGGCGCGACACUCACACGGACAGGAGAGACGCACCGUCAGAGAAACGGGACACGGACAGAGACAAACGGGAGCCGCACCGCGAGCGUCGCGAGCCCUACCAGGAUAAACGCGACGGCCACGAGAAGAGAGACCGCCGCGAACCGGGCGAGGGACGCGGCAGCCACGACCGCAGGGAUGGACACCCGGAGCGGCGCGAUCACCACGGCGGCGACCGGCGCAACAGCCACGACAAGCGCGACGCGCGACCGGAGCGCGGCGAGCGGCGUGAUCAGCACGAGGGGCGCGGCGGCCACGAGCGGCGCGACUACCACGAGAAGUCGCGGGGCGAGCACCACGAGAAGUCGCACCACGAGCGCCGUGAGACGCGCCACCACGGCCCUGUGCCGCUCCUUACCAGAGAAAGGCUCGAGGCUGCUGAGCGCGAACGGGCGCCCAGCUCCGGCAUGACUGCGCUCAAACAGGAGCCGGUCAAGCUGCCACUGACGCUGGCCAAGGAGCCGGAGCAGUCGACGGCCGACGAGGACAAGCCAGCGCCCCCGAAGAACGCGUGGGCGGCGCGUGACGCGAACAGACCCUCUCCUCCUGUGGAGAAACCGUCGCCGGCGCCGACACCGCCCACUCCGACGGCCGCUGCUCCGGAGCCCAAACCCACACCGACCGAGGAGGCUGCUCCGGCGCCCAGGGCCGCUCCCACGCCUCCGGCGGCCGCUGCGACUGCUGCCGACCAGUCGUCGGAGCCAGCUCCGGCGGCUGCUGCACCUGCCGCCACGGCCGAGACGGCCGACCGGCCGCCCGAACGCCGCGAGCGGAGCGGCGGCCGCGGCGCGCGGCAAGACGCCGGCGAGGGCGGCCGCGGCGGGCGGCACGAGUCUGGCGGGGACGGCGCCGGCCGGCGCGGCCUGGCCGUGUACCCGGGCCAGGGCCGCGGCGGCCGGUAUGCCGUCAGAGGGGGCCGGGGCGGCGGCCGCGGCGGCUGGGAGGGAGACCGGUACUCCCACCAGACCGGCUACGAGUAUGACAAGAGGGACAGGAGGCCGAGGCGGGAUGACCGUGGCGGCGCGGGAGAAAGGUCCGACAAGUACGAGCGGUACGACAAGUACGAACGGUACGAGCAGCGCGGCGACCGGCGCGGCGAACGCGGUGAACGGGGUGAGCGUGGUGAGCGCAGUGAUCGCGGCGGCGACCGGCAGAGAGGCGACAAGGAGGGCCGGCCGCGCCGCCAGGACGGCAGCGAGCCGGGCAAAGGACGCGACCAGCGCCGCCAUCCGCCGGCGAGGGACGAGGAGACGACCUCAGCUGCUGCCGGCAAAACGGAGCAGACGCCCUCACCGGCGCCCGAGGGAGAGAAGAAGGCGGAAGCGGAGAACAAGCCGGCCGCCACUCCGCCCGCGGCCGCGACAGACAGCAAGGAGGAGAGCGGAGAGAAGGCGGAGAAAACUGGAGAGAAGGAGGCAAAGAAGCAGACCGGCGAGAACGGCCAGGGAGGGCGCGACAAGGCGGCAUCGUCGGAGGGAGCCCGCGACAAGCGGCCACCGCGUGAGGACGUCGAGGAGCGCUCGCACGCUGACCGUGGUGGAUAUGCUCCACGCGGGGAGCCGUCUCGGCGCGGCCGGGGCGGCUACGAACGUGGUGGAUACGAGGGCGGUCGGUACCGCGACGGCGGGCGCGGCCGGUCGCGCGAGUACCGCUCCCAGCGUCAGUACCCACCGGCUGACGAACAGAACGGCGACAGCAAGACGGGCAAGUGGUCGAACCGGUACGACCAGGUGCCGCCGCGCUUCCAGCGGCACCGCGCCGAGCGGGACGACCACCAGGAGGGCGGUGGCCGCGGCCGUGGCGCCUACCGCGGCCGCGGAGGGCGCGGCGGUGGUCGGGGCGCCGCUCCGCCGGCUGCCACCAACGGGCAGUCGGCCGCCGAGCCGGGCGCCGGCCGGCCGGCCUUCACCAAACAGACCUCCGAGCAGACCAACGAGGAGGGCGAGUGGGAGACUGCCUCGGAGAGCAGCAACCCGGAGGGACGCCGGGCCCGCAACGCGGCCGGCAAGGAGGGCCGCGGCGGGCGGAGGAGCUCCGGACAGCGGGCGGCCGACCCGCCGCGGCGGGAGCGGCGCGGCGGCGGCGGAGACGGUGGUCGGCGCGGCGCGCCUGCCGCCGGCGACAAGGCGGGCAAGCCUGCCGAUGCCGGUGCCACCGUCGCCAGGGUGGAUGAGAUAAAGCUGAACGACGCCGCCGGCGCCCAACAGGCGCUGGCUGACGCUACCAGUAAAAAAGCGGCGGCGGCGGCUGUCGACAAGGCCUCCGAAAAGAACAAGAAUGGCUUCGAGAAUUACGACCUCAACUCGGGCAGUGUAGUGAUUGUGGACGACCACCCAGACGUGUCGGCUGACCAGCUUCAGGAGACCGAGGGCUUUCAGGAGGUGCUCAGCAAGAAGACGGCGAAGGAGCGGCAGAAGGCACUGCAGGAGGAGCAGCUGAAGGCGCAGAAGCGCGAGGAGCGCGCCGCCCGCCGGGCCGCCGAGCGGGAGGCCAAUGCCGCCACCCGCGGCAAGCAGUACGAGCGCUCGCGACAGAGCAAGCUGCCGCCGCGGCUGGCCAAGCAGCGCGAGAACAGUCGCCUCCAGCAGAAGCAGUCCGCCGACCUUCCGCCGGCCUCGGCCAGCCCGGUGGGCACCCUGCCCGACAGCGACUCGGCAGACCUGUUCGGCAUCAAGGACUCGGUGCCGGCGCCGGCGCCCGCCGUCAACGCCUGGGACAAGCCGAUCACGGCCUCCCUGCGCGGCAGCUCGGGUCCUGGACACCUCAGCAGCGUCGACCCGGCGGCGCCCAGCCAGCUGUUCGACGCCGCUGACGUGCCUGGGGCCGGGUUCGCCGCCGAGCGCAAGGCCACGCUCGACGCCACCACCUUUGACGGCUCCAGUGUGCCCACUAAGACGAUGAUCUUCGAGAACACCAACUACAAGAACACGGGUAGUGCGCCGAAACCGGCUGCGCACCGCACCGAGCCCGUCAAACCGACAGAGACGGAGAAAAGAGCCAAGCCGGGACCCAUCGAACUGCCGCUGAUGUUCAAGAGCGAGGAGACUCGCGAGAUCAAGCUGGAGUUUAAGUUCGACUCUGACCUGCCGCUGCUGGCCGACAAGUCGCUGCCGACUCCGGUGGCCUCUCGUUCCAGUCCCGCGGCCAUGUCUCCCGGCACGGCCGACCUCAACAUGAAGAUCGCCUCUGUGAAGAAGGUAUGGGACACGCCGGCCGAGCUGCCGGCGAUGGCGGCCUCGCUGGCCGAGCAGCAGGCGGAGGAACUGGUCUCUGAGGUAACCAGCAGUGAGCCGCCGGCAGAGAAGGAGGUGGCCGCCCCGGUGCCCGACUGGACAGACAAGCCGGUGGUGUCGCUGGCGUUCGCCGCCGCGCCGGUGAGCACCAGCAGCUCGCCGACCAAGGCGCCGGCCUCAGACGUGUCCGCUGCGUCCACCAACGUGUGCAAGGUGAAGCCGCAGCAGUUGCACAGCGCGCCGGCCGCCUCGUCUGCCGGUCUGACCAUGUGCAGCGCGCCCGGCGGCGUGGUGGGCGGUGCGCCCGGUCCUGUGACGGCCGGCCUGCCCGGCGCCGGCAUGUUCCAGCCGGCGGCCGCGCAGCUGGGAGGCAUCCCGGCCGUGCCCUCGCCGCCGGCGGUGCUGUUCGGCUCCAGCCAGCCGCUGCAGUCACAGACGCCCGGCCUGUACCAGCCGUUCCAACUGGACGCCACGGCGCCGGCCGCGCUCAUGGGCCAGCGCCAGCCGUCGGCGCAGUACUCGCAGUUUCCGUACGGCAUGGGCACCAGCACGUACAGCCAGCAGUCGAUGCUGAUGCAGACGCCGCCGCCGAGCCACGGCGGCCCGUCGGCUGAACUGAUGCCGCAGUACCGGUUACCGCAGAGCGGGCCUUACGGCCAGCCGGCGGCCCACCAGACGCCCCAGAACCCUCUGCUCAUCAGCAGCACCGCCUCGCUGAUGUCGGCCGGCGUGAAACCGUCUGGCGCGCCACCCUCGGCCGCGCCCGGUCCGGCUAAGCCCAGCGGCGCGCCCUACCACCAGCAGUCGCUGCAGUUUUUCCAGUAUAACCCGAACCUGCUGAGCCAGGGCAUGGGGCCGCACAUGCUGGGUUCCCAGCUGGUGCCGCGCCAGCAGGCGGUGACACCCACCAGCAGCUUCUACAGUGGCACGCAGACGACGCCCUAUUUCCAGGGCGCCGGCUCGGUGCAGCAGCCGCCGGCCGCCCCCGUCCAGUCGUUCGGUCUGCAGGGCUUCAACAACAUGGGCCAGUCAACACAGAACGUGGGCCUGGGCAUCCAGCAGCUGCGUGCCGCCGCCGGACUGCAGAACACCUCGUGGAAGUCGGAGAACGCGCGCAACCUGAUGUCGAGCGGCCUGAACAGCUCGCUGAUGCCCGGCUCGCGGCCGCAGGGCUCCAACAUGCACCCGCUGUCGCCCAAGCCGGCCGUACCGCCUGGCACGGUGGUACAGUACCCGGCGCCGCCGCCCAACGCCGCGGCCGUGGCGGCCGCCGCCGCCGCCCGCUCGCAGAUGAUGUCUCAGUUCCGUGGGGUGGGUGUCGGCGGAGCGCCCGGCGCGCCGGCGGUAGCCGGUAUGCCGCCGACGGCCCCUCAGCGCUACCAGAACCCCAUCCAGCGUCCGGCCGGCGGCGCGGCGUCCGGCGGCGGCGGCGGCAAGUCUCCGCGCCACGGCGCCGGCCCGCAGCGGCCCAACCCGACCUCUGCCGAGCAGGCCAAGCUGCGUGAGGCGGCGCUCCAGUCAGCGCAGAGCUUCUUCCGCAGCAGCGAGAACGCCGCGCACCAGCAGGCAAAAGCUAACGCGUACAACCCACCACCGGCUAGCAACGUCAGCUCAGAAGCGAAACCAACCAACUUCGCGCAAGACACCUCAAAGACCGAAGCGCCCAAGAGCAGCGCUCCGUCGGUGGAGCCGAGUCCGCCGGCAGCAGACAGCAGCAGCAGCGGCGGUCCGGCGGAGGCGGCGCCCGUAUCGGAGCCGACGGCACCCAGCGGGGAGGAGACGACCCCCGUCCCUGUCGCCGAGCCCGUCCCCGCCGCCGCGCCGGCAGCCGGCGGCGAGACGGACCCGGCCGCCGGGGAGCCGGCCGCCCCCGCCCCCGCCCCCGCUCCGGCCCCGGCGACCGCCGACGAGUCAGUCCCGGCGCCUCCGUCCCCACCGCCCCCCGCCGAGACCGCCACGGAGGCGGCGCCGGCGGCCGAGCCGGCUGCGGACUCCGACGAACCCGCGCCCGCCGCCCCGACAGUGGAGGAGGAAAAGUGAGCGGCGGAUGUGUUAUCGACCUCAAACGAACAAGUCAUUGUCUGCCUACGAGUGUCCCACCUGUCACCGACAGUGGCGGGGCUCGCCGAAACAAUGAGUGACGCGACUUCUGAACGGACUCUCUCGAACCCGCCGAGCGACCUGUCCAUGACUGGUUGGCCCCGGCCGAGUCCGGGUGAAACUGACGGGUAGAUUGGCACAGAGAAGACAUGCAUUUGUGAAGGGCGGCGCAGCUGCCAGGCGGGCGGCUGCGUUGUAAGAGAAGCCCGAGCAUUUCGAGGAGCCGCCGAGGUGCGUCCGUUCCAGUACGCUGAAGUUCUGACGGCGUCCGGUCGUCUGCGGGAAACAAAUGAGAUUGCCGAGAGGAGUCCGCCCGAGGCGUUAGGUUGUUGCACGAGUCAGGAGGUCCGCGGCGGGGGCAUCCGGCCGUCCCACGCACACGGACACGUUCUCACGUACACACUAACUCAGAGAAGCCGACGCGCCCAGGGCGACCUCAGCUCGACCAGAGCAGCGACUGGCGGUAAUACUCCGAGGUGGCGGCCGGUGGCCGGGCAUUCUGCGCAGCCGGCCGGCCGGGCGGCGCUCUCCGCCCGCGCCGCGCCGCCGCCGCGCGCGCGCGCACGUUUGUGUACAGGCCGCUCUCGUCCAGGGGCGGCCGUUUCCGCUCCCCGUGUCUCGUCCGGUUUUAGCCUAUGUAGAAUGUGAUGGCUCACAGAGCGGACGCCCGGUGACUGGCCGGCGUCGACGAACAACUGGUGGUACUCUUUCUUUCGGGGAAGUGGUAAUAAAUUGUGUUGGACGUGACGUGUCGUUCCCGGAGCGUUUGCAGGCUGCUAUUAUUUGGUGUGGAGAGCCGCGCGCAGGAUCAUGGGUGUUAUGUGUCAUUCACGAGAGGGCUUAACGAGUUAUUCCACCUUGUAGUUCAAGCUCAAAUCUUAUUUCCUAUUAUUUCAAUAAACAGAAAUAUUUU